AUGUCUUUGGACGAACUAAAACAACAACGCACCAGCACCAAGAAAAAUAUCACACGUAUUAAAAAUAUCAUCGAUGCUAGCCUACGACCAGGUGGAAAGGUUCUUUCAGUGGCGGAAUACAAAUGUCGUUUAGGCAUCCUGGAGUCAUACUUCAAGCAGAUUCUCUCAAUUCAAACGGACAUCGAAAGAUUGGAUGCUGAGGACGGAGGACGUGCUGACCUGGAAGAACUUUACAUAACAACUAAAUUGAUUAUCCAGUCGCAACUGGCAGAAGAUAACAACGUUUCAUUUUCGGAUACAACUUGCGUGGUACAAUCAAGUUCAAAACUUCCACCACUUAAGCUUCCUACGUUUGAUGGCAAGUAUUCGAAUUAUCAAAAUUUUAUUACCUCGUUCAAACAAAUAAUUGAUCACGAGUUCAAUUUAACAAAUAUUGAAAAAUUCAACCAUUUACGAAAUUGUCUCCAAGGUCAAGCCUUAGAAACUGUAAAUGCGUUUCAGGUUACAAAUGAAAACUACCCAAAGGCGUUAGAACGAUUGAAGGUACGUUAUGACAACAAAACACUAAUUUUCUUGGAAGGAAUAAAUUCGCUAUUUGAUUUACCAGCAGUUAUGAAACCAAAUGGCAUUCAGCUAAGAGGUUUGAUUGAUAAAGCUUCAGCUAUUUAUGGUUCUUUGACAUCACUGGGUAGUGACAGGCAAAUUUCUCAAGCAAUGCUAAUUUAUCUAAUAUUGCAGAAGUCUGAUGAACAGACCAACAAAAGGUGGAAGGAGUCGCUAGAUUUCAGAACUCUGCCGUCAUGGGAAGAUUUCAUCGCAGUUUUGGAAAGACACUGUCAAUAUCUGGAGUCACUCGACAACACGCAUGGUAGUACUUCGCCAGCUCAAGGUUUUAACAAACACUCCACUCCGAAAUCAAGGAGUCAACCAAAAGGUUACACAUUUUCCUGCUCUACCAUAUCGUGCCAAUUCUGUUUUAACAACAACCACAAGAUUUUUAAUUGUGAACGGUUUAAGUCGCUAAACAUAACUCAACGUUUCGAUCAUGCAAAGAAAAUUGGACUUUGCAUCAAUUGCUUAUCCAAGGGACAUCAAGUAGCCAAUUGUUCAUCAUCGCACAGGUGCAAGGUUUGUGCACGACAACACCAUAGUUUACUUCAUCGCGGUUCACCUUCAGGCCAACCAACAACUACUCAACUAUUUCCUACACAGGAGGCAGCCGUACAUACACAUAUGAAUAAUUCAUCGUUGGAUAAUGUAAUCCUUGCAACAGCAAAAAUUUUCGUUCGUGAUUCAUCGGGGAGCUAUAGAUUGGGUACAGCGCUGCUAGAUUCCUGUUCGCAAGUCAAUUUCAUCACAGAUGAUUUUUCGCAAAGGUUGCUGCUGCCAAGAAACAAACAAAACUUAGAAAUUCAAAGCAUUGGUUUGUCAUCAACAAAUAUUAAAUUCAAAACUUCAACUAACAUCAAGUCGCAAGUCACCGGUUUCGAGCUUCCAUUAACUUUUUGUAUUACAUCGCAUAUUGCUUAUCAACCAGAUCCGGAAAUCAACAUUUCAACAUGGAAUAUUCCAACCAACAUAGAACUCGCUGAUGAUGAAUUUCAUAUACCAAAGAAAAUUGACAUGUUGCUGGGUACGGAAACGUUCUUCAGUCUGCUAUCUGUUGGUCAAAUCCAUCUUGGGUCUAAUUUACCCAUCUUGCAAAAAACGCUCUUAGGCUGGAUCGUUUCGGGACGCUAUAAUACCGGCAGUAACAAUAUAUCUAAACCAUCUUGUUUAUUUUUAGCCAAUGAACCUUUAGAUGCCAAAUUGGAAAAGUUGUGGAAAUUGGAAGAAGUUACUACCAUCCCAGAGCCUUGGACUCGUGAACAACAGAUUUGCGAUCAUUUAUACAAUGCAACCGUGUCAAGAAGACCUUGCGGCAGAAUAGUUGUCAAACUCCCUUUCAAGGAUGAUCCGACGUGCUUGGGCGAGUCAUACACUACGGCAUUGCGACGAUUCAAUGCACAAGAACGUCGAUUAGCCAAAUCUCCACAAUUGACAGCACAGUACGUUGAAUUUAUGAACGAUUACGAGAGCCUGGGUCAUAUGAGCAUUGUAAAGAAUCCGAAUCUGAGCGAACCGCAUUAUUUUAUACCACAUCAUUGCGUUCUUAAGCCAACAAGUACAACAACAAAGCUUAGAGUCGUAUUUGACGCCUCCUGUCGAACUACGUCCCAAAAAUCACUAAACGAUAUUCAGAUGAAAGGUCUCACGACAAAUGGCCCAUUGCGUUAUUUAAAUCCGUUUUUAGAAAAUACCGAAGGAUUCCAAAUACUCAAAGUUGGAGGUCGAUUGGAAUCAGCAGAUAUUCCAGAAGAAAGGAAACACCCAAUGCUGUUGCCAAGCAAAUGCGAAUUCGUUGUGCAUUACGCUCGCCACCUACAUCGGAAACACUACCAUGCAGGACCAAAGGCACUCGUAGCACUAAUAAGACUUCAGUUUUGGAUAGUCAAUGCACGCGAUUUAGCAAGACGUAUCGUCAGAUCGUGCACACAUUGUAUACGUUACAAGCCAAAGCUGAUGAAUCAGGUAAUGGGGCAGUUACCUGUCGAGCGAUUGACUCCAUCUCGCCCCUUUGCGCGUUGCGGUAUUGACUUCUGCGGACCAGUCAACGUAUACUUGCGUAUUCGAGCACCUCAUUUCGGCGGUAUUUGGGAGGCCGCAGUCAAAUCGGCUAAGAGUCAUCUCAACCGUACCAUCAAAAAUGCAAGACUUACCGCUGAGGAACUAACAACAGUGCUGGUGGAGAUAGAAGCUGUGUUAAAUUCUCGGCCACUAACACCAUUGUCAUCGGAUCCAAACGAUUAUGAAGCAUUAACUCCGGGGCAUUUUAUUAUUGGUGGUCAAAAGAUUAUAUCAACGAACUUCAAAUACGAUCAAAGUGGUUUUCGGAACAGCCAAACAUCAACAACAACUCAAUGGUUAUCAUCCAUGAAGACAACUUACCACCACAAAAAUGGCAUAUUGGAAGGGUUAUAA